GGCAAAAAUAAAAACAACACAGCUGAGCUAGAUUUUUAGGCGUAUAUACUAUGGUAGUAAGGUGAUGCACGCAUAAGGAAGACACGGUCAGUGGCAUCGGCACUUCGCCGGAGAAAAUGAUCGUCUGCGUCGCCGUCGUCGGUCACCAGAACAAUCCGCUAUACAUACAGAGUUUCACGGAAGCAGAUGAUGCUCUCAAGCUGCACCACAUUGUCCAUUGCUCCCUCGACGUUGUUGAUGAACGAGUGAAUAAUCCCAAGAAAUCUGGACCUUUGCUGAAUGAGACGUUUCUGGGCUUGCUUUAUCCUAUUGAAAAUUUCAAAGUGUAUGGAUAUCUGACUAAUACAAAGGUGAAGUUUAUCUUGGUUACGACAGAUCUGGAUGUUAAAGAUGCAGAUGUUAGAAAUUUUUUCAGGAGGUUCCAUGCUGCUUAUGUAGAUGCAGUGUCAAACCCAUUUCAUGUGCCAGGUAAAAAGAUAACCUCCAGAACUUUCGCAGAAAGAGUCUCCACAAUUGUUAAGUCAUUUGGUUUGACUUCAGCUGUGUGAUGAACAUUUCUACAACUGUUUCGUCCAUUUCUUCGUUGACAUCUGGCACGAAGCUGCUUCUGUUAUCUUUGUCAUUUUUGGUAGUGUUUGUUAGGAAUUGAAUCUUAUUUUGGCAAACUUCAUUCAUGUUCAAUGUAUAAUGUUCAAUAUGAAUUGUUGCUUUUGUCUAUCA